CACGGGGUGGUAACCGUAUCAGACACUGACGUCAUUCGCAACGUCUUUGUUCCCCAGAAAUCACGGUGUCUUAUAGGGAACGUUACGGAAGCGAUGUAACAGUCGUCAACGACGUCUCAACUGCAGUAUGUCAUUAGAGGAUCCAUUCUUCGUCGUCAGAGAUGAGGUGACGCAGAGUUUGAAGAAUUCCGAGCAGCUCUAUGAGCGGUGGCGUGUGCUGCUUGACUCACCGGCGACUGCCGGAGGUCAGGAGUAUGACUGGGUGACCGGCGAAUUGAAGAACAGUCUGAAGAGCAUCGAGUGGGACCUCGAAGACCUCGACGAGACUAUUCGCGCUGUUGAGAGAAAUCCGGCGAAAUUCCGCCUCGACGCGGAUGAAAUCCAAAAGAGGCGACAGUUUGUUACCGAGAUGAGGCAGGAGGUUAAAAGAAUCGCCGACCACACGAACAGCUCCGCCACUAAAGCGAAAAUAGAACAGAGCCGAAGAAAGGACCUGAUGGGGAGUUCGGGUGGGAGUGGGAAGGCACAGAGUCGCUACCAGCGGCUAGACAACGAGCUCGAGAGGAAUAAUCAAGAUUUCAUUGAAGAGCAGUUGCAACAACAGCAGCAAAUGAUCAACCAACAGGACGAGCAGUUGGACGUGGUCGGGCAGAGCGUCGGCGUGUUGAAACAGAUGGGCGAACAAAUCGGCGACGAGUUGGAAGAACAAGCAGUAAUGUUGGAUGAUCUCGACAACGACAUGGACCGAACAGAUAACAAACUGAAGGGCGUCAUGCGAAAGGUGGAUCGUGCGCUAAAACUGUCAGACGAUAAAAAGCAAUGUUGCGUGAUACUCGUGCUCGUCAUCAUCAUCGUAGUAAUCGUCAUCUUGUUUACAGCCACGUGACUAACUGUUGAUAUCAAUGAAUUUUAUAUACCCCUUGUACACAUUCUGUUUCUGGUUCAAUGGACUGUGCUCGCGGUUGUUGGAUACCGUGUGGUUGCUUUCCUGAUAUUUUUGUUAAGAUAUUAUGCUAAGUAGACUCAUUGUAGGGUAAUGUUAUUGUGCAGAUAAAUGUGACAUGAAGUGA